UGUUGUUUUCCUCGCGCCGCUUCCACGGAACUUCAAACGCUGUAAAUGUCGGAGUCCGCUUUACUAAUCCUCAGGACACUCAAGCAUCUCUGUAUUUUACCAAAACUGGCGACGUGAUCGGAGGAGACUACGCAAAUCCGAGCUUUGUGCAGGUGUAUUUGGAGCCUGAUGAUGGGAUUUUGGCAACCUGUGACCAACCUUAAAGAUUAUAUAUCCCAGAAUCCUCCAGCAUUUACAUUUUUCCUGUGUCUGUUGACCCUGGCUACCACCCUCAUCGGCCUCAGCUCUUAUGGCUACACCCACACUCUGCCUAACCCUGACACAGUGAAGGACUGGAACCAUCUACUAUCCUCCUUAUCACAGUUCCAGCUGUGUGUGAAAGCCAAUGCAAGUUUAUCUGAGCUUGUCUCGCCAGCCCCCUCUCCUAUGAUGGAUACAAAUACUUCACUGAACUCCACAAAGACUCCUUCUCUCACCACUUUGCAUCUCAAGGUUCCUCUGGCUGUGAGUACAGACUCAGACAGUGGCUCUCUGACAGACCUGGGUUUACACACUGCAUUGAGAGCCAGUCAGUUACAUCUUGGAGGCAAUGAGACUGUUAAUGUGACGCUAGAUUUUUUCUCUGGAAAUAAUUCCUACACUUGCCUCACCAUAAGUGCUCCAACAAACCUCCUGCCUAUGAGCCUACUUCCGCCAGAGUGCCCUGCAUCGGAGAAAAAUAUUUCACCCAUCCACAUGGAAGCGAGUAACCAGCUGCCAACUGCAUCACAAACCUGCUACAGUCUUCACUCAGAGACUGAUCCAGCACUCACUGUCAUGUUAACAAAGGAGGAGCAGAUUGUGGCAGUGCGACAUCUGUUGGAAGUCGGUUUUUGUCUGCUAGGAGUCUGUUUGAUACUGUGUGUAGCUGCGAGUCUGACACAGUCACUCACACGCCAUUACCACUGGAAUGGACUGGAUCUACAAAAUGAGCCCUUGGUUGACAGCUGAACAUGUUUCUUCUACUGCAUCCAAAAGAAUCAGCUGCUUGUCGUGGAGAGAGAAGAGCGAUAUAUGUCACUGCUUUUUUUGCAUCCCAUCCCACGGGGAGUACUACUCAGCCUGUGAAAACAGUUGUAUACUGUCUUCUGUUGCUCAGGAGGGAGCUUGUUAAAAGCCAGAGAAACUAACCCUGGUGAUGUCAUCAGGGUUAUCUCAGCUUGGUAUUGAAAGUAAAUAUUUAUGUAGCAUCCUAGGUGAAGGAAUUUAAGCUUCUGCUGCAUGGAUUCUCAACAUUUUUAAUCCAUCUUUUAAGGAGAAUAUUUUGUAAUGGGACCACAGUGUAAUGGGAACAGUUCCCCAACUGGUAAUACCUUCAUUGUUGACUGGUCAUACAUUCACUGUCCAGUCUGUUAUGUGCAGUGCGUGCCAUGUUUACUUCAGGUCCCAUAUUUCUCAGAAUAAUCUGUGAAAAGUGGUCGUUUACUUGUCACUUUCAGCUGGGUGAGAGCUGAACGUGAAGUGUUUUUCCAGUCAGAACUGUAAAUUUUAUUUUAUUUUUUUAAACUGUGAAGGUAGUGGUAUGAUGUACUGUAUUCCUAUCAGCAUGCGUAUUUUCUCUAAAUUUUGCUGGACCAAGAUGAUUUGGCCAUAGGCUAGUUUUGUCUGCUUUACCACUUUAAUUUACAUGUCUGGCUUUGAGAGCUCAUUGAAUCCAGGUGCCAGAUCUACAGAUCCACAAAUAUUCUUGCAUCCACCUACAAUGUGUUACAUCACUUCUUACACAUUAUAGAAGUGAGUGUUGAAGGAACACACAAAUGUCUCUUGCGCCUAAUUAAAUUUCUAAGCAAUUGGCAGUGUUUAUUUAAGCAAAAUAAAAGGGAUGUAAGAUCUGCUGUUAUGAUGCAAGGUGUUUGUAAUAUUUGCUUAAUAACAAAGAGUCAGCAGGACAGUAAGCACAGCAAAGUGUGGUCAGGUUUGUGCAAACCAAUGAGUAACUGAGUCUCACCAGGAACAUUGUGUUUUCCAUCAUUAUUUUCCUAGUUUCAGCCAGAAUUAAACAUUAUUAGUGAAAAAUAUAAAUAUGGGGCAUUUUCUGGAUUCUGACUGGGGAGUUGAAGAACUUGGCAUUAAGUGUCUUUUUACAUGUCAUGUCUGUUUCAUUUGUGGUUCUCCCAAGUGAAUAAAAGCUAUUAAUGUAA